UAGUAUAUUCUUGAAUUCUCGUCUGGAAAUUUAAAAUAAAAUGAAUCAAAUUUGAAUUGUCAAGCAAAGUGACCAACUGACAUGAAAACAAAUCAACGAUUAGAACAUGGAAGGAGCCUCUCAUCGAGUCCUGUGGUUCCGUGCAGUAGUGGCACUAAUAUGGAAUUUUGUUGGACCCGGUCACCGAUCACGGAGUGGGGGUAUUGGGGGAUGCAGCGCCGGCCCCACCCGCUGCAAACUCUCGCUUCAUGCCCAGCCCGAGUCCCCGGCCGCGGCUCCCAUCGGUACGAGGCAUGGUGCCUCGAAUACCGCUCAACAGGCCGACACCGAAGCCGAAAGUGUCACCGAUCAAUUUCUGAAGACACUGUCUAUCAGUACUCCUUUGACUUUGGACAGAAGUCUUUCACAUUCUAUAUUACCGUGGUAGGUGAUGGUCUACGUUUCCAUCGCAUCAAACAACCAUGUAUCCGUAACUACAACGCAAACCCAAGAACAGCAUCAAUCAUGGAGAUUUCACCCCGCUCUCUCUAUUUCCAGCCUCAUCAUGCCCGGUUAUAGAUCCCUCAACCCCCUCACAAUUGACAUACCGUAACCUCUGCAGCCCAGACCCAACAAGCUUUGCCAAGUCCAAGCCAAAAAGAAACCAAGGGGGCAUCCAAAAACAUAACAACGCAACAAAAACAACCCUGCGUCAUAUCGGUCGUCAACAGAAACACCCAACCAACCAAACACUCCUCACAAGGCCUGGUCCACGACGAUAGAUUGCUCUCUCCAGCUUUGGGUUUUGCAUAUGUUUCACC